AUGAGGAACAGUAGUGGUGACUGGAAACAGUUUCGGUUUAGACAGUUCUACCUAGAUGUAUCGAAUGUAUCAAUAUUACAAACAACAACGUCACAGAGAAAUCGCUGUUACAAUGACAAAACAAAAUACCCAGACUUACCCCCAAACAUAAUAGACAUACCUUGUGAACAGACGACUAGAUACGUCAUUGUGGAGACAACGUACGACGCUCCUGAAGAUGAUCCUACUACCGGGGCUAUCCUCGAAAUCUGUGAAAUAGAAGUUUAUGGAUGUGUGGCAACUUGCAGAAAUAAUGUAUGUGAUGGUUUUGGAAACUGUUACAAUGGCUGUGUAGACGGAUACUGGGGACCAGCAUGUGAAUUGCAAUGUCCUGCAAAUUGUGAGGAACUGACCUGUUACCGUACAACUGGAAAUUGUAUCAGCUGUAAGUCUGGUUACUGGGAAAAAGGAUGCAGUUCACGAUGUCCAAUACAUUGUUUCGAAAGAGUUUGUGACAAAACCAAUGGUAGCUGUACACGGGGAUGUGCAUCGGGACUGUAUGGAGACAUGUGUAAUAGACCAUGCAGUCUUGGGUGUGUAGGAGGGACAUGCGACAAACAAAGUGCAACCUGUGCUAAUGGAUGUGUGC